AUGGAUAGUAUAAUAUCACCGGAAGGGUGUGGUGUGGGCCGCGAGUCAGUGCUGAUGAACGGCCAGUGUUUCCGCUGGUAUGCAAACUAUACACAACAACAGGACAUACAGUUUGGACGAUCGGCCAAACCGGGAGAAGUGCCCAAUGGCUACUACAUUGACAAAUCAGAUAUUACUGUAUAUCCCGGCAUACAAUCCAUCCAACAAUUACCGCGCGGUUAUAGUGUGGACCAGUUGUACGCCUAUCCAGACUAUAUGAGUGGCAAAGAAGUUAAUUCUGAUAUCGGAUUAAUUAAAUUGAAACAAUGGAUACCACUUUCAACCACAACUAGCCAUACGUUGUUUAGACCUAUUAAUGCCAUUUGUUUGCCCAGUAAUAGUAGGAAUAGUAGUAACGAUAGAUAUUCAGGAAAAUCUGUUAUUAUUAAUCAGUUGGCACUGGUAGCUGGUUUCGGUGCUUAUGAUAAUGACGGCCAUAUAGCGGUUGAUCGGUUACAUAUGGGUUGGGUAUAUCUAGUCAACAAUAAUAAUAAUAAUGAUGAUUUAAACUAUUAUGUGACACGUUAUCCCAGAUAUAAUGGUACAGUAAUAUGCAGUGGUGAUUCUGGUGGUCCACUGUAUCAGUAUAUUAACGGUAGGGCAGUGCUCAUUGGUAUAGCUCAAGGCACUGACAAACCUUAUACCACUUGUUUGGAUCCAAAUGAUAACAAUAAUAUUAUGUCUUUUGUACGCAUUUUACCGCAUUUGGAUUGGAUUACAAACAUUGUAUCUAAUAAUUAG